AUGUUGAAAGAGAUCUGCUCUGCCCUUCUGUCUGCAGACGUCAAUGUCCGACUAGUUCAGAGCCUGCGAAAGUCCAUCAAAUCGAGCGUUAACUUUGCGUCACUUCCCUCAGCAGUCAACAAAAAGCGCUUGAUUCAGAAGGCCGUCUUCGAUGAGCUGGUUGCCCUUGUCAAUCCUCAUGCGGAACCGUUUAAGCCAAAGAAAGGACGAGUCAAUGUGAUUAUGUUCGUGGGGUUACAGGGCGCGGGCAAGACGACAACAUGUACGAAAUUGGCGAGACAUUAUCAGAUGCGCGGUUUCAAGACGGCUCUCGUCUGCGCCGACACAUUCCGUGCCGGUGCGUUUGAUCAGUUGAAGCAAAAUGCCAUCAAAGCAAAGAUCCCGUACUACGGCAGUCUCACGCAGACGGAUCCUGUCGUUGUGGCGGCGGAGGGUGUUGCGCAAUUCAAGAAGGAACGGUUCGAUGUUAUCAUUGUGGAUACGAGUGGUCGACACAAGCAGGAAGAAGACCUCUUCGAAGAAAUGACGCAGAUUCAAAAUGCAGUAUCCCCCGAUCAGACUAUUCUAGUUCUCGAUAGCACCAUCGGUCAGGCCGCCGAGGCACAAUCGUCAGCCUUCAAAGCCACCGCAGAUUUCGGUGCUAUUAUCAUUACCAAGACUGACGGCCAUGCUGCUGGCGGUGGUGCCAUCUCUGCUGUUGCUGCUACACAUACUCCUAUCAUCUUCCUGGGUACCGGCGAGCACAUGAUGGACCUAGAGCGAUUUGAGCCCAAGGCAUUCGUGCAGAAACUGCUUGGAAUGGGAGACAUGGCCGGAUUGGUUGAGCAUGUGCAGGCUAUGACUAAAGACUCAGCAGGCGCCAAGGAGACUUAUAAACACAUUUCAGCUGGUAUCUACACUUUACGCGACUUCCGGGAGAACAUCACGUCGAUCAUGAAAAUGGGUCCAUUGUCCAAAAUCUCAGGCAUGAUUCCCGGCUUGUCAAACAUCACCGCUGGAUUGGAUGAUGAAGACGGAUCUAUGAAACUACGACGCAUGAUCUACCUCUUUGAUAGCAUGACUACAGCCGAGCUUGACAGCGACGGCAAGAUCUUCGUCGAACAGCCGAGUCGUAUCGUUCGCCUUGCCUGUGGUAGUGGCACCACGGUCCGUGAAGUCGAAGACCUCCUAUCACAACAUCGCAUGAUGGCCGGUAUGGCCAAAAGGGUCGGUGGACAGCGUAAGCAAAUGCAACGUGCCCAGAAUAUGCUCAAGGGCGGGAAUAAGGAACAGCAAAUGGCUGCUAUGCAGAAACGGAUGCAGUCAAUGGGUGGUGCCGGUGGUAUGGGAGGUAUGCCUGGUAUGGGCGAUAUGGCCAAGAUGAUGCAAAUGCUACAGGGACAGGGAGGUGGCGGUGGGAUGCCGAAUUUUGGCGGCAUGGAUUUGCAAAGUAUGAUGAGCCAGAUGAGUGGACUUAUGGGUGGCGGUGGUGGUGGAGGAGGAGGAGGAGGCAGAGGAAGGGGACGAUGA